AUGUCUCAACUAGAUCCUGACCAGUAUACAGUGGUAUGGUUUGCGCCUUUGGAAGUUGAAGUUCACGCAGCCUUGCGCAUGCUGGACGACCGCCAUGACGGCCACUUCCCAGUCGCCCCCGGGGACGAUUUCGUCUAUCUUGCGGGCGAGAUGUGCAAUCACAACAUUGUCAUAGCGAGCUUCCCUCACGGGCAAGAGUAUGGUACUGGCGCGGCGGCUGCACUAGCUAGUCAAGUGAAAAGGUUCUUUCCUAAUCUCUGGUUUGGACUCCUUGUCGGCGUGGCCGCGGGUCUCCCGAAUCUCGACACCCAGCCGCAGCGCGAUAUCCGUCUUGGAGAUGUUCUUGUUGCGUCUCGCAGCGGGGACUUCCCUGCGGUAGUAGCUUACGAUCUUGGAAAAGCCACCGACAACGGCUUCCAGCUGCUCUACAAUGGAGGAGUGCUUUCGAGGACAGAGAGCAUUGUGGCUUCCGCCAUAUCCAAUAUCAGAAUUCAUACUACAGACGACACGAAUUCCUUUUCUCUUUCAGAUUAUCAGGCAGAAGUGUUGGAGGAGCAGCAACGGAACGACAAGUUCGCCUACCCGGGCCAUGAUAAGGACAGACUCUUCCCAGCCCACACAGACGCUCAAGAGCAAACUGUACACCGGCCACUACGAUCCAAUCCUGGACGUCCGCGUGUUUGGUACGGCCCAAUAGGCUCGGGCGAAAAGUUGAUGAGGAAUGCCCAAGAAAAAAACGCAUUGAGAGAUAAGUACGAUUUGAUUGGUCUCGAGAUGGAAGCAGCGGGUAUCAUGAAUCGGGUUCCAGUUGGUGUGAUUCGGGGCGUCUGCGACUACGGAGAUUCAUACAAGAACAAGGAUUGGCAGCCAUUUGCUGCAAUCACCGCGGCUGCCUACGCAAAAGGUCUGUGGAACCUGAACAUUCCCGGCAUUCGAGACGAAAUAAGAGGCCUUACCGGCGACGACAACGAAGUGCUCAGGAACAGAGUAGCGAAUCUUCGGAAUCGUCCCCCGACCAGUCACUUUUGA